AUGUCCACGCCCUUUUCCAACACCGUCCUGGUGCCGUUACACACCGACCAAGGGUAUACUCUGCAGACCCUCGCGGUGUUUGAGCAGCCGCGAAAGAAACGUCCUCAUUUCAAGAGUCGGCGUGGGUGCGUUGCAUGUAAGCGUCGGCAGGUCAAGUGCGACGAGCGUUUCCCAUGCUCCGGCUGCAUGAAGCGCAACAUUCAAUGUCUUCAGCCAUCGCACCAACACAUUAUUGGCGCAAGUCUUUCUACAGCCAGCGCCCAUUUCAAGAUGGAUAUGCAUCCCUCUAUUAGUCUAUUACAUCUGGAGCUAUUCCAUCACUGGGAUAAGGAGACUCGGUCGACGCUCACGUUUCCGGAGAUAUGGCCCGUUAUUAUGCAGCGGGCUUUUCAUGAAGACUUUAUCAUGUCCGCCAUACUAUGCGUCGGGGCCAUGCAUCUCGCGACUCUCUGCCCACAAAGCAGCAAGUACGCACACGCAUCAAUGCAAUUAAUCGUCAAGACGGUGCAGCUGUUUCGCAGGAACCUAUCCCGUCCUUUUACCAGGGACCACUGCGAGGCGCUAAUUGGAGCCGCGCUUCUGAUUAGCUACAUCUCUUGGUCUGAUCUUGGGUUCUUGGAUGAUGAUGGUGAUGAUGAAAGAGCGCUACGUCUCGAGCAAGAGCAGCUAUUUCUGAUGAGUCCGGGGAUUGUGCGGGUGUGGUUUCAGGCCAUGCCGAUAUUUAUUGAUGAAGGAAGCGUCUUUGUGCAGCUUACGAGGCGGGAUCCCAGGACCAAUAUUGAGAAGACCCUGGUUAGUAGAGGCGAAGAUCCAACCCGGUUUGUAGAGCCGUUUAUGAGGAUGUGGGAUGAUCACCAGCCUCAGGUACAGGUACAGGUUGGUGUAGGUUGCACGCCGAGACGGCACAUACUUAUGGGCUGA